CGUUGAUUUAUUAUAAUGUCGAAACACUCUGAAAAGAAAAGCAAAGCAGUUGAACCUCGAUAUGAUCAUAGUCAAUCAUAUUAUUAAACAUAUGUACCUACUCCAUAUGUGGCUACAACAUAUGAAUAACCUAUAGUGAUGGUACCAUAAAUUUAAGGAACAUAAAUUAUCAGAGCAGAGCCGACGGUAAUAAGAGAAAGAAGAGUAGUCUAAGGAGAAUCCUAAUUUAUUAAAUAGGAUCAUGUAAUUUAAGAAUAAAAUUGUUGUAUUCCUUGUAUGCCAUGUGUAUAAUGUUGUGAUAAGGAAUAAAAAGUUGUUACAAGAUAAGUAGUGUUGAAAGGUAAACAUAAUAAUUAAUUAUUAGAGAAGUAACCAAUUGUUUAGAAUAGAAAUGAAGUAUAUGAGAAGAAGUUGGAUGAAAUUGAAAAAUUACAUAUAUAAGAAAUAAAAGACAUGGAAUUUAAAAUGUAAUAGCAAUUAGAACUAUUAUAAAAUCAAAAAUUAUAAGAAGAGUAACAACGUUAAAUAUCAGGUUUAAAACAAUCUUUAUUGGAUAUAAAGAAUUAACUUACACAGAAAAGUUAAUAGAGUUAACCUCAAUAAUAAUAAUAAAUGAUAAAUCCAUAUCAGAUAGAGAGAUUAGAAAAUUAAUUAGAAAAGAAGAAGAAGAGAAUUAAAGAAUUGAAAUAGGUUAUUAAUAAUAUGCAAAUGGAACUUUAAUAAAAGAGUAGUUAGAUCUAAGAUUUAGAUUUUAGAUUAAGAUAACCUGUUCCAUAAUCAGUAGUACAUGUUCCAGUACCAGAAGAAAAUUAUGAAUUAAUUAAUUAAGUAAGAUAUAUGGAAUAAGAACGCAAUGCUUUAUUAAGAGAAAUUGAUUCACUUAAAUUUUCUAAUUCAGAACUAUCAUAAUUGUCAUUUAAAUAAGAUCCUGAAAAAAUUAGAUUAUAAUAAGAUUAUACUAGAAUGAUUAAUGAUUUUAGAUUUAUAGAAUAAGAAAACAUUAAAAUGGCAACAAUAAUUGGAUAAAAAGAUGAAUUAAUAAAAUCUUUAGAGUAGAGAAUUAGUGUAGAGUUAUCGAGAUAAUCUAUAUUGUUAUAAUAACAAUCUCCUUAAAGAGUUGUCCUCGAAUAAACUACUACAACUCGUCCUGUAUAAACAUAAUAUGUAAUAGACUCAUCAUAAUCAUAUCUUCCAUAACCAAUACAUAAAUAAUACAUUAUUCAAGAUUAGCCUAUUUAAACUAUUUAACCAACAUUGUUAUAGCAAUAAUAAACACUUCCAAAUGUUAAAAUCAUAUCAUGA